AUGACAAACAAAGACGACAAUUACAACAACAACCACAACAGCAAGACAACAGCCACAGUUCAGCUUCCUUGGAUAAUCAUCACUCGCAUCAUAUCAACAGCAUGGAGCUCACAUCUGAUGCUGCCAACAACUGAGCACUGCUCAUUGGAAUGGAAUGUGUCGCUUGAACUCAUCUCCAAGUCGAUGUUCAAGUUCGUCUCGAGAAAGAUGUUCACCGAGGUCAUCCUACAAGAGCGAACCGUCUUUCGUGUAAAUGGAGACAUGUACCUCAAAGUGGUGGACUACGUGGAAGCGCUUCAACACAUCAUCAACUCACACUGCGUGAUCAAGACACUCGUCAUUGAGGGCCAUGGCUUUGACAUGUUGUGUGACAUGCAUCGCAACACCAUCACCUAUUCAAAAUGUGCUCCUGACACCAAGUACUUGAAGACAUUCAUUGAGAGCAUCACCAACCUCACCAUCCAUGGCAAGGCAUACUUAAACAACAACCUUAUCCUGUUUCCAUCUCUGACCACUCUCAGACUGUCAUUUCAACAAGAAUUUGAUAUUGUGAGUAUGGUGAGUGAUGAACUGCCACUCUCAACGCUCCAAUCACUCAAGAAGCUCGACUUGAUGAUCUGCCAUCAACGUGUGUUGGCCAACCUCCCAGAUGGCCUGCAUCUCACACUCGAUAUUGUCAUCGAUGACACAGACGGCAGUCUCAAUCCAAACAUCAUGUCAUUGAAGCGAUACUAUGGAGCCAGAGAUGUCAGCCAUAUGAACAUGAUCACCAAGUUGUACAUCGAUGAGAGAUCCUAUGGCAUCUCAUUCGAUUCAAUGAAAAGGAUGUCACAUCUAAAACAUGUGCGUGUCGAUCUCUCAGGACGAUCGGUGGACUACCGUGCCAAAGGUUGUGGACAUGAUCAAUGCAUGUCGUGGACUGGAGAUGUUCACUCUUGA